AGACCCAAAUUCAGAUAAGCGGAAGAAGUUGGAUGGAUGAAUUUCAAAACAAACAAUUAGUUGCUUUCUAGUAAAGUCAGUCUUACUAAUGCUUUGACUUUCCCUCAUUAGGUUGCUACAGACCACAGUGUGUAAAAGCUGAAACACUUGCAUCACUCACAGCUGUGUUUUGUUGGACAGUUAUACUUUGUAUGCCCUGAAAGUUGCACUUUAGCUUGUGCUGCAACCUGCUGGUUUUUAUCUUCAUUCUGUGAGAAUGAGAACUUUUAUGAUUGGUCGUUUAUUUAUUCAGAGUUUUUCAUCAGCAGAUGAAAUCUUGGAGAAACAUGGCGACUGUUUUCUGUCCUUACAGUUGAUCCACAAAGAAGAAUCCUCCAGUGGGUAUGAGGUCAUGAAGAAGCCUCAUCCAGACAAGUAUCUGAAGAUGAGCCGGGGAUUCACUCUCCAAGCCACUGAGGAGACCGCCAGAAUCCUACCGCCGGAAAUCACUCUGAGAGUCAACAACCAAAACUUCUACGAGGUUUACAUUGAGAAUCCAGAUGGAAACUUCAACCUGGAGCUUCUGCAGACAAAAACGGCUUGGAUCAGAAAAACUGCACAACCUGUUUGGUUCUGUGAAAUUCGGAAAGAUGAUCAUCCCAAAUCUGGUUGUGUUGAAGAAGCUACUGCUGUGAAAUCAGAAGUUUCUGUUCCAGCAGCUUCAUCCUCCAGAGAAAUGCCUCGCAGCGUCAAGCAGCUUCUGGCUGAAACCCUGGAGGACCUGAGCAAAGACAACCUGGACAAGUUCAUCUUCCAGCUGCUGGACCGCAGAGAGGAGCCGCGGGUCAGACGCUGCAGGGUGGAGGGCAAGAGCCGCCUGGAGGUCGUGGAUGUUCUGGUCUCCACCUUCACGGAGGACCAGGCUGUGGACGUCACCGUGGAGAUCCUGAGGAGCAUCAGCUGCAAGCAGCAGGCGGAGAGACUCAUGAAGGAUAACAGGCAGCAUGUUUUUAAGGAACCUGAACAGGAGCAGAAGAUGGAGAGAUGACCUCAGAAACCAGGAAGUCCAGCUGCAGGAUGGAAACAACUCAUAUUAUCAAAUUAAAUAAUAUCUUUGUAUCAUGUUCUUAUCCUACAAUCCACUGCAGAUAAAUAAA